CUCCCUCUGACUCCUCCGCAGACUCACAACCUGAUAACAGGCACGUCCGCCGACCGCAUCACCAGGCGGGCCAGUGACAUCACCGCCCUCCACUAUAUAUAUGUAUCCUUCCGCAGAACACUGAGCGAUCCGCAUCAUCAUACACUGACAGCAGCCAGCCAGCCAACCAGCCAGCCAGGAGCAGGUAAGAGAGCGACAGGAGACAUAAUACUGAAUGUUACAUGGGUCUUAUAUAACAAUAGACACUACAGGAUGGGGGUUAAUAAGAAUGGACUCUACAGGAUGGGGGUUAAUAAGAAUGGACUCUGCAGGAAGGGGUUAAUAAAGAAUUAAAUCUACAGGAUGGGGGUUAAUAUAGACUUUACAGGAUGGGGGUUAAUAAAGAAUUAAAUCUACAGGAUGGGGGUUAAUAAGAAUAGACUCUACAAGAUGGGGUUAAUAAAGAAUUAAAUCUACAGGAUGGGGGUUAAUAAGAAUGGACUCUGCAGGAAGGGGUUAAUAAGAAUGGACUCUGUUUGAUGGGGGUUAAUAAGAAUGGACUCUACAGGAUGGGGUUAAUAAGAAUGGACUCUGCAGGAUGGGGUUGAUAAAGAAUGGACUCUACAGGAAGGGGUUAAUAAGAAUGAAGUCUACUGGAAGGGGUUAAUAAGAAUGGAGUCUACUGGAAGGAGUUAAUAAGAAUUAAUUCUGCAAGGUGGGUGUUAAUAAGAAUGGACUUUACAGGAUGGGGUUAAUAAGAAUGGACUCUGCAGGAUGGGGGUUAAUAAGAAUGGACUCUACAGGAUGGGGUUAAUAAGCAUGGACUCUGUAGGAUGGGGGUUAAUAAAAAUGGACUCUGCAGGAUGGGGUUAAUAAAGAAUGGACUCUGCAGGAAGGGGUUAAUAAGAAUGAAGUCUACUGGAAGGGGUUAAUAAGAAUGGAGUCUACUGGAAGGAGUUAAUAAGAAUUAAUUCUGCAAGGUGGGUGUUAAUAAGAAUGGACUCUACAGGUUGGGGUUAAUAAGAAUGGGCUCUGUAGAAAGGGGAUUAAUAAGAAUGGAGUCUACUGAAAGGGGUUAAUAAGAAUGGACUGCAUAAUGGGGUUAAUAAGAAUGAAUUCUACAGGAUGGGGUCAAUAAGAAUGCAUGCUGUAGGAAGGGGUUAAUAAGAAUGGACUCUGUAUGGGAAUAAUAGGAAUGAACUGGGUGUUAAUAAUAAUAAUGUACUCUACAGGAAGGGGUUAAUAAUCAUGGACCCUGCAUUUUAGGGGAGGUGUUUUGCGGCUCAAUGAAAAAAACAUGGAAAUCCAGGAUACAGACAGUAUAAGUGUUUAAGAAAGCUACAGGAUCUAUAUCUAUAUAUUAUUUUACUAGGAAAGGAUACAUUGUGUUCUGUGGAACAAAUUGAAUAUUUAUCAGAGUGAAAGUCCCCACACCUUGUAACUGCUUACUAAGACAUAUGCUAUAAACCCAUUAUUUAUUAUAUUGUAACUGCCAGGGGCAUGCUGUAACAUUGUUAGUGAGUAGAAAGGUAUCAUUAUUUGUAAAUAUUGCUGGGUACAUUAGCACCUGUUGUAUAUGAUCUCCCGGUGUAUUCUGGGUCAUUUGCAUUCACACCCUAUUACACUGGCAUGGUUUAUAUUUAGUAAGAGGCUGUGAUGUAAAAUGGAAUCCCUGAGUGGAUCUGAAGGUCAUGAUGCUGUCCCCCCCUCCCUCAGUCAGGGUUAUGUAUCAUCGGCAGGGGGAGGGGGUAGUUUGCACUGAGUCAUUACCAGGGAGGGGUUUCUGGAUGUUGCAGAAUGUAUUCCAGAUAUAUUUUGCAAACGAUACAGUAUAUUUCUUCUGAGUGUGUACAUGCGUGUAUAUAUGUAUGUAUGUAUGCAUGUAUAUAUGGGGUGUAUAUCUAUCUAUCUGUCUGUGUGUCUGUCAUCUCACAAAGAUGUCCAAGAAUUUUAGUCUUUCAACAUUGAAAUGUUUUCUUAAGGGUAAAAUUUGGAGAGGUUGAAACACUAAACUGAGAAAUUGCAGAGAAUUGACAUGGAAAUCGGAAUUGUCAGGUACAAAGCAGCAGCAUAGGAAAAAAAUGUCGUAAAAAUUCCAAGUCAACACAAUUACCAACUUAGUGCAAAAACCCACGAUAGCACGCGUUCGCCAUAAUCUCCAUCUUCACAAAAUACGCAGAGAUGACCUUUGCGUGGGCGUUCACGCCAGAUGUUAGAUUCUACCAGAUCAAAAUGAAAUGAUUUCUGCAUCGUCAGUUGUCGUCUGUGGAAAACCUGAUGUGACAAUGCUAACAUUCUUGGAAGGCCUGUCCGGCUCUCUAUUUAUAUUGCAAUCUCUGGCCUCAAUCCAUUGGAUUUGUUGGACUCUACCAAUGAGUAACCCAGUAACCAUCUGCGAGCCUCUCCCAUGGCGAUCACCGCACUGCUUGGGGAAUCCAGGCCUUAAUCUUUUUAAGGGGAUUAUUAAUGUUAUUAAUGUGCAAAGAGUACAUCGCUGGAUAAUGGAGAAUUCAGGAUUCAGACGACCGUAUUUCCAAUAGAACCCUGUUUUGUUUUUUUCCACACAGUAUCCACAUAUUUCAGCACAGCUUGCUUAGAUUUAUUUAUUUUAUUCCUGUAGCAGUUUAAAAUUCAGAAUAACGUGAAUUUAUUUCUCACAAAUUAAACUAAAAACAUUCAUAUAUAUGAUGUGUCAAUUUCAGAAGAAUAUUUAAUAAAAACAGGAAUUGUGUAGGCUUUAGAUUAAAUGCUUUACCACCUUGACUUAUACAUAUGAACUUGUCCCCCCCUCCAUCCCACACACAUAGACUAGGCGUCUGUGGGAGGCGAUUUCAAGAGAAUGGUGGCCUUAAAAAGACCAAAAUUAAGUUUCAUGUGUUUUAGAUGAAUUACUACAACCUGCCACAAGGGGGUGCUGCAGAUAUUCUCCUUAAAUAUAUAUGUCCUUUAGUUUAUUUAUAGUAUAUAUAUAUUUAUUAUAUGUUGUGUACUAUUCAAGUGGAGUUACAGGGUACUAUGGGUAAUAACCAGUAGAGUUAGAGGGUUCAUUAUGGGUAAUAUUCAUGUAGGGUUACAAGGUGCAUUAUGGGUAAUAUUUCUGCAUAGGUACAGGGUGCAGUAUGUGUACAAGCCAGAGGAAGUAUCUCUGUUUGAAGUUAUGUUUUGUAUCGCUUGUAGCCCUUGGAGUGUGUUCUGUUGUGUUAAUGUUUAGCCAAAUGAUAAACAUUCUCUAAAUGGAAUUUACUGGUGUUAAGAUCAAUUCUAGAAAAUACCAUCAUGGAGGAAAAUGUUACCUACUAUAGGAGAAUUUUACCCAAAAUAGAAGCAAGGAAUGUUUUUUGUACAAUAAACUAUUUCGGGAGAUUUUACAUAAGUCAUUGUGUGAAAAUGUAGUGAGUGAUAUGGAUAUCUGUGUAAAGGAACAAGUGAAGUUCAAUGUAACCAGAAAUGACAGGUGGGGGGGUUGUUGGUUACAUAAUAAUUGCAGUAACACUAGGAAAGUCGGUUACUGAAGUUUAAGUGGAACGCGUUGGCAUAGAGCAGUGGUUGGAUAGCAGCCUUGUCCGGUAGGUUGGGGGGGUUUGGAAGUCAGGGGAUGGCCAGUGUCAUAAGCAGAUGAUGACAGGGAACAGUACAGACAAUCGUACAGAGUGUUAGAGAAACAUGUCAGGGGAAACAUUUUUGUAGAUACAUCAUUUGGAAAGUUUUUUUUCCAAAAAAUGGAGGCCUUUGUGUCUAGUGGUGUCGCAUUAAGUUUUCUAAUGACUGCUGAGGUCUAGGGCUGUGAAAAUGUUAUUUUAAGUUCAGGCUAGAGGUACUAGUCGUGUGAAGUGGAGGAAACUUGCUGGGGUGUAAUUUCCUUCAGAGGCAUUCAGCCAAACGGGAAUCUUAUAAGUCCUUGGAAAUCUGGAAACUGAAGUAAAUAGUGAGUGGAACUCACUUGAAAUUUAAAUUUCCACUUCAUUCAGUUUUGAGAAAAUAAAAUUCCUAAAAUUCCAAAUUGUAGCAAACUGAAGAACAAAAAGCUAAAUUUGGAUGUAGGUAGCUUAUCUCGAUACGUUCACCAAAUCCUCUAUGAACGCAGCUGGGUUAGUUCGGCCUGGUUUCUUUUCAGAAAGACCGAACCGUCAGAUUUCAUAACGUAAUAUUUAAAUGUGUUCUUUAAACACAGUGUGUGUUUUGAACUCUAUUUUUUGCAUAAAGAAAGCAUUUAAAGUUAAAAUCGACUGAUUAAAGCUGAACUAUUACUUUCUGUGAUCUGUAUUAAACUGCUUAAGGUGUGAUUUGUGUGAGUGGUGAUUAUUUAUUUUUUUCAAUGAAUUAAUUAAUUCUCACGUAUUGGGGAAAAAUUUAUGAGAAAUUGCUCACACAAGUUACAAACGCGACUGUUUAGUAUAGACCAAAGAAAGUAAUAGUAGUCUUUUUUUUUUGUAAUGCCACAAUCUAUUCUAAUUAAAACAAUUUUAAAUACUACAACCAGUCACAUUAGAGUUCUAAUGCUUUAUUGGGGUGUCUUCAGAAGAAUUUAUUUGCUAGAAUCUAUCCCUGAGCUAUUUGCAGACAAUAUGGUUGUUUACGUCUAUGGUAACGGAAAAAUCCUGGCAACAAGAUCGUUUAAAUGAAACAUCAUUUGAUCUAAAUCUCUGCUGACAUUUUACGUAACACUAUGUACAGGUCAAAUGCUGCGAUGUAAAAAUGCUCACUAAUCUCUUAUAAAUGAGACGUUCCCUAGAAAUACACACUGUAAACAGCCGUUAGACAGAGUAUUAGAUCUAUAAAACCGUAAGUGAGCUGUAGUUGGUCUGGUAAACGGACAUCUAACUUGUUGGGGGUCUGGUAAACCAGGGCCGCCACCAGAAAUAUUGAGGCCUCUGACAAAGCACAAGGUCUGGACCCCCCCCCCCCGGCCCGCCCACCCCCACACCCAGAGUGUGUGUCAGUGUAAUGAAUGCAGAGUGUGUCAGUGUAAUGAAUGCAGAGUGUGUGUGUGUGUGUGUGUGUUUACUAGUGUAUGUAAUAAUGUAAAUGUAAAAUCUGUUAUUCCCCCCCUCCCUGCUGCUUACCUGGUUCAGGGAGGGGGGAGAUUCCGUCCCUGGUGGUCCGGUGGCAUGGUGGGGCCCCCCGGCUCCCUGUAUUUGCAGAGGGGGCCCAGCAGUCUGCAGCUGUACAUUACAGCUCUUCCCUCUCUCUAACUCCCGCGAGUGUGGUGUGCGUGCCGCGUGGAGCGUUGCCAUGGUAACCCCUGGUAACACUCUGACGGACGCACAUCUUGCGGGAGUUAGAGAGAGGCAAGAGAUGUAACGUACAGCUGCAGACUGCUGGGCCCCCUCUGCAAAUACAGGGAGUUGGGGGCCCGCGGCUGCACCUGCACUGCAUAAAGUGAUAUAUAUGUGCAGAGAGGGAAUGUGGGGCCCAGGACUGCCAAAGCAGUCCGGGCCCCCCAGGACCGCCGGACCCGUGACAACCAUCAUGGUUGUCACCCCCUGAUGGCGGCCCUGUGGUAAACAAUAUAAUUUUGUUCUUUGCAGUUUUACUUUGGUAAUUGCUAUAAUGCAGUUGUUUAUUGUAGUAAUAAUGUAUUUAUUCUGUCUGUCCACAGAACAAAAAUGGCUUCAAUGAAAGAAAAGCUCAUCCACAAUGUGGUGGCCGAACAAUCCCUGCCACAGAACAAGAUCACCAUCGUUGGCGUUGGUGCAGUUGGCAUGGCCUGUGCCAUUAGCAUCCUGCAAAAAGUAAGGCAGCCACAUUGUUUGAUUAUUUAUGAUUGUCUUUGGGGGGUUGAGGGAGGUGGUUUUAGUAGAGUUUUUCUUUUUUUUUUCUUUUUUUUGUUAUGAUCCUUAACCAGGAGAAGCCAACUCUAUUGUUAAACAAAAUGCCUACGAUUCUCAGAAUCCAUUGGCUGCUGGAGAACUACAACAAAAUGUUUCAGACUUAAAGGGACACUAUAGGCACCCAGACCACUUCAGCUCAUUGAAGUGGUCUGGGUACAGUGUCCCAGCACCCUUAACCCUGAACAGGUAAUUAGUGAAGUUUUUACCAGACAGCCAUUACAGGGACUUCCGGGUGGUUAGGUGACUUUUGGUCAUCUAAAUGACACUGGAUGUCCUCACGCUAUGCAUGAGGACUUCCAGCGUCACCGGAAUCCCAAUAGGAACGCACAGAAUAAUGCGAAAAGGGGGAGCUUGACGAGUUUGCUUUUCUGGUACUGUAGUUUCCCUUUAAUUCCAAAUACAUAAAAAGUAACCAUAUACAUAAUAUGUCAAAUUUCCCAGGAACAGCGAUGUUUUACAUUGCAGUAGUAAGUGCAAAAGGGUCACAGCACCCAGACUACUUCAAUGGGCUGAAGUGGUCUGGGUGCCUACAGUGUCCCUUUAAAGAACUUAUCACCACGGAAAUAUAUAUAUAUAUACUUAUUAACCUUAUGCAUCAAUGGAGGUUUUUCUCCUACUUUCUGGAAUUAUUGGCUUAACAUAUACCCAGUUUAAGGCUUACUUUAUCUGCAGAUAGCCAAUGAUCUCAGAGUUGCAUGAAUGUACACGGUCGUCAUGUGAAUGCAUUAGAAUACAGUCCUGGUCAUGCGUAGAGUACUUGCCUCCCUUUGUAAUAUCUUCUAAAAAGACCAUUUAAGAAACUAGUCAGGAUUUGGGUCUUGUGGUUGAUACUGAAGGUUGAUGAAUCAUUAAGGUAGAAUUUCCUAAAUGAAGUUCUCUUUCACUGUGCCCAGGACUUAGCAGAUGAAGUUGCUCUGGUUGAUGUGAUCGAAGACAAACUGAAGGGUGAGAUGAUGGAUCUUCAACAUGGAAGCCUUUUCCUGCGCACACCAAAGAUAGUCUCAGGAAAAGGUAAGUUGACUGAAUAGAAGUUUUGGUGCAGAUUUACAAAAGUGUGAUGUGAUCAUAUCGCCAAGCCUGGUUAAAGCCACAGUCCACUGCCCAAAUAAACACACAUACUUUUCCUGCUUUUUUUUGCCUGGAUUGCAUUGGAUUCCCAAAUCCACUGUUGGUUAUUUCAUUUUGAGAAAAUGAUCCACCUCUAAUUACAAUUACAAUAAUUUAUAUAUAGCAAAUCUAUUCCACAGCACUGAAUAAUGUGUAAACCAGGACAAAAUAUUAAUUCUACCAAAACACGUUGAUACAUGAGAACAGUGGGUGAAUCGGGCCCUGCCCAAACUCUGUUUUACAGAUUACAGUGUGACAGCAAACUCCAAACUGGUCAUCGUCACAGCUGGCGCAAGGCAACAGGAAGGGGAGAGCCGUCUGAACCUGGUUCAGCGUAACGUCAACAUCUUUAAAUUCAUCAUUCCCAACAUUGUCAAAUACAGUCCCAACAGCAUGCUGCUCGUUGUCUCCAAUCCUGGUGAGUCUUAUCCCCUCGUUGCUUCAGAUCAUUGAUUGAUUGACCCAUUGCACAAGGAACAAGCUUAUUGAACCAUCACAAGACCAAAACCAAGAACGUGUCUGGUAGAGGUCUAACUAGGCUUGAUUAGUUAAAGCUCCACCAGUAAUAUCUAAAUAACUUGCUGGUUCUGCCAGAGGUGGUGUUACAUCUCCAUCAUUGGAGGGGUUAAACUCCGUAUAUGCAACGUUUCAAAGCAAAACACUGCACUUACAUACUCCAGUCACCAUGACCACUUCAAGAUCACUGAAGUGGUCAUGGUGUUUGUAGUCACCCUUUAACAUGGAAUACUAAAUAAAUCCUUUUGAUCAAGUAAGUAAACUUGUGUUUUUAUGUCCAUAUUUGCUGAAGGUUGUCUAACCCUUUCCAUAUUUUGUGGGAUGGUGGCAGAAACGUGUGCACAUAGCUGCAAAAGGGCAGAUGCCACACAAAUCACAUCACCUCGCUCUCAGAAUAAAUCGGCAUUCCAGUGCUUUAACCCCUUAAGGACCAAACUUCUGGAAUAAAAGGGAAUCAUGACAAGUCACACAUGUCAUGUGUCCUUAAGGGGUUAAGUCAGAUAUGUAUUUUGAGUUAUCUGGAUUGGUAAUGUUUCAAGUUGAUAUCCAGAAGACCCAAGCACCGGUCUAGUAUGUUAACCCAAAAUGUGAUCAGUCAGCAUGUAUUUCUUAGUUUCCUCUCUGACUUUAUUCCACAAAAUAAUGUAUUUAUUUAUUUUCUUUUAAUCAGAAUAUCCUUCCUUUUGUCCUAUUCUGCUAGCCAAAUAAUUCUGUAAGCCCUGAGCAUGACCCUACUUCCAUCCGUACAUGGAUCGGAAUGGGACACUUUUGGCAACUUCAUUUUGAUGUCAACAGUUUCAGAUGUUAGGAUUUGUAACCAAUAGAACUGUUACCUUAAUUUUGACCCCUUGGAUAAUGUAAGGAAAGAGAUUUGAGUUUUAGGGUAAGGUUUAGGGAUAGUGGAGUUUAGGGUUGAGAAAGUGGCCUGUGUUAAAAUUAACCCAAGGCUUUAUCUGGUAGAACACGUCACUUGCUACAAAAACCAUUUUCUUUAUGUUGGAUCCUUGUUUAGAAAGUGAAACUGAACAUGGUCGUGUUAGAAAUUUGUUAUUAUGACCAGGAGCCAUUUAUCUCUAUUUAGAUUAAUCCAAUAUCACUCAUCUAGUCUGGGAUUGUCUAAUGUUGUUACAGUUUCCAACUUAUUAAACUGCUUUUUUUCCCCCCCACAGUGGACAUCUUAACCUAUGUGGCCUGGAAGAUUAGUGGCUUCCCCAAGCACCGUGUUAUUGGCAGUGGCUGCAACCUGGACUCUGCUCGUUUCCGCUACCUCAUGGGGGAGAAAUUGGGCAUCCACUCCCUGAGCUGCCACGGCUGGGUUAUUGGAGAACAUGGAGACUCUAGCGGUGAGGGCAAUUCUCCUGCUUCUUAGCUGACCCCAAGACACAUUCCUCGGGAUAGUCACUAGACCUAAAGUAAAACUAUACUGGGUCUAAAUUUAUCCGUAACACUGGCCUUUGAAAAGGUCACAAAUGUAACUCAAGAAGUUCACAAUCUGACCUUCCCCAGUAAAAGCCAGAGUUCAUAAGAGGUUUUCGUACACCAACUGUACUUUCUCCGGUCUGAUCAACGUGAGUCCUAAAAUACAUUCGGUUAACAUGCCGCAUUACAACUGAUCAUUUUGUAGUAAAAAUGUGUUUUUACAUUUUUAACAGCAAAGUUUUCUCGUUUUUUUUUUUUAUAUAAGUAACAUUUUUCUUCUGUAGAAAUCCAUACUUUCAAACCAUUCAAUAUACCAUCUGCUCUGGUCACUGCCUAGCAUUCUAAAACAAAUUUGUCGUGAGAUUACCAGCGUUUGUUCAUAAUUCGAUUAACAACACGCUUGCGUCAUUAUGUUUUAUCACAGCGCAGUAAAUUAAUUCAAUAAGAGGUUUAUCGCAUCCAAAACAGUGCAGAUCAUUACAUUAAAUCUUGUACGUAUCAUAAAUCCAAUUGUGGUUGAUUUAUGAGCAAUUUAUAUAGACACACGUAGUUCUUCUCUGGUUCUUAAAAUAAUCACUUUUGGUUUUAAAUCUAUCUGACCACUGUUUGCAUUGAAUAAUAGGUUAUCAUCCUAUACGGCAGACACUGUGAGGUUAAAGCAGAACUGACAGUUCUUCAGAAUGGUCAAUUCCUCAUUUUGACAUCCUAGUAAAUUAUACUAAGGCCCUCAUAUGCAGAAUCAUUUUAUGUCUCUUUGAAUUUUUGUAUAGAUUUGAUGUCCACUGGUAGUGUAUUCGCAAUAAGGAUUGUCUGUUAUUAUUUUGUUAACAGAGCGUUGAUUUUGCCUUUAAAUUGGGUUGGUAUAUUUUACAAACAUCUGUCUCUCUGUUAUUUCGAAAAAAAGUUAUACAGAGGUUCAGUUGCGUAUUUUAGGUUUGUGAUUUGCUAAUUAAACUAUUUUUUUUUUUUAUAGUACCUGUUUGGAGUGGCGUUAAUGUAGCUGGUGUGUCUCUGAAAACUUUGAAUCCUGAAAUGGGAUCAGAUGCAGACAAGGAGAACUGGAAGGAGGUCCACAAACAAGUCGUAGACAGGUACUUUCGUGUUGUAUUAGUUUGCCUAAUCUAGAAUUCUGACAAAACAAGAACAUUUCCAGAGCUGUGCAGUGUAGCUGAAGCAUCUAAUAUGGAUUUCGACUUAAAGAAAUAACUUUAAAAAGGGCUGAGAUGAUUUGCAUGACCCCUUGUUGAGUAUUCACAAACCUUUUCAGGGCCAAGUCAGUGCGUCUAUGGGGAAAGAAUUUACUACAGUCCUGCAAAAAUUGAGCUCACACAAGAUUAUUGCAUUAUAAUUGGGUUAAUUCUCUUAAUUAAAGGGACACCACUCAUCAAGCUUUUAAAGCAAGUCAUUAUUUAGGGGUCUUGAGUGUCCCUUUAAGGUACUGGUAAGGAAAUUGCACGUUUUAGGUCAAAAUAGCCACACACAAAAAAAAAAAAAAAAUACAGAAAGAUUGAAAUUAAAUCUAAAUUGGCAAAUUUAGGCAGAUCUGAAAAAAAUAUUCUCUAAUGCAGUUCUACUAAAAGCUUGGCUAGUUUAGCCUGAAUUUUGCCUUGAUUAUCGCAGUUCUGUGUAGAAUUUAGUGAAUAAAUCACUGUAUAAAAAAAAUCAGCUGUGAUCUUGGCAUGUAGUUUGUGAAACAGUACAUCCACAAAGUUUAUCAUUCGGUGGUGACGUGUGACCUUCACAAAGAGCUGGUGGAAUGAUGGUCAUGCAUCAAAGACUUAUUUAUAAGCAAGAGUCCUAAAUUGAUUUAUAAAGCAACUCUGUCAUUUGCAGUGCUGGUUAGUGGGGGAUUGUGUUUAGGAAGCUAGAUUAACGGUUACAUUUAUCCCAUGAAACUUGUAUGUUUACAGUGCCUACGAGGUCAUCAAACUGAAGGGUUAUACAUCUUGGGCUAUCGGCUUAUCCGUCGCAGAUCUGGCCGAGACCGUCGUAAAAAAUCUCAGGCGUGUACAUCCAAUUUCUACAAUGGUUAAGGUAAACUAUGUUUGUAGAAAAUCGUUUAUUUCAUGGCAGAAAAGUGCUUUUAAAAGAAAAAUCAGUUCCAAGCAAUUUCUGAUCCAAUUUCUAUUUUAUCAAAUAUUUGGCUAAACUCUUAUCCAAAGACAGACAUUACUUUUUUAAGUAAUUUAUUUUUAAGGAAACGUGUAAGAAGCAUACUUGUUUAUGUUUGCAUAAAUUGGAUGUAGUAAUUUACAAUAUGACGACAGGAUUAAACGUCCAAAAGCUAUUUUAUAAGGUUUAAAGAAACACUAGCCAAACCGUUUAAUGAAUUAUCAAUGAUUUACAGGCACAGGAAACAAUGAGUUUUUGUUUGUUUGUUGUUUUUAAGCAUUGUUAAAACAGGUGCAUAAUGGACAACGGUGUAUACACCAGUCCAGCUUCCGUGCAGUUUACGAACACCCUUUAUUGUAUUUAAGAAUAAGUUCUUACACGAACACAGAAUCACACUAUUACUAAUUACACAGAAAUGAAAACAUUUAAGCAAACAUAGCAGAUAUGGGAAAAAUCUCCAACUGAGCUACAACCUUUUUGUCACUUGGAUAUAAAAUCACUAGUUUGGUCGUUAAUAAAUAGCCAUGUGUGAUAUGAAACACGACAAUCUCUUCUGGUCUUUCCGUAUGAAAUUCCUCAGUCCAUGUUUUUCCGGUUUCAGGGAAUGUAUGGUGUGAAAGAAGACGUUUUUCUCAGCGUCCCAUGUGUCCUGGGUAAUUUGGGUAUAACUGAUGUGGUCAACAUGACACUGAAGCCUGAUGAAGAGGAUCGUCUAAGAAAGAGCGCAGACACUCUCUGGGGCAUUCAGAAAGAAUUGCAGUUUUAAGCUGUAUUGUAAUAUUCAUGUCAGUCCAUUGUCUUAAAGUGUUUUUAAAUUUUUAUUAUACGUUGCACUUUUAGGUCAUAUUCAUUGUAUUGUAAUUAUGUGUAUGUGUGUACCUCAGUCCAGUAAACCCUUCAUUUCCGCAUUGGAAGCCUCUGCUAGUGUAAGUGUACACUAAUUAGAUGGCUGCUUUUGUUAAGAAUAGGUUAAUUUAAUCAUCAGAAAAAUUAAAUUCAUUAUGUAUUGUGCGUUAUGCGUUACCUCCAAACCAUUGUCAUCACAGCCUGGAAAGAACAAUCUGCAAGAAGAUUCUGCCUUUGGAGUGAGGCAGAAAAAUUUGAUAUUUAUCAACCUUACAGGGACUUAGGUAUGAUAUAUAAUAUAGAUAGAGCUGGUGAUUGUAAUAUGAUAUUGUUUACAGUCUUUAAAUAGUGAAUGGACAAAUGAUUAGACCUUUUGUGAAUGCAAAGGGUACACACCAGGCUCUUAAAAGGGUCAACAUAAAUGUACAGUAGUAUCUCAGGAAGGCUAGGAAUGUAUUACUGAAAUCUAAAUCAUCAGUGUAACAAAAGCAGAAUUUAUCUUGUUGUCUUAGUCAGUUAUGGUUGAUAAAAUUUCCAGUGACAACGAAUGCCUGUAUUUACAAAUUUAGAGUGAAUGUGAUAUAUGGAGCAAAGAGAAAUGUAAAAGCAAGGCUGAGACACUAUUAAAUCAUGAUAAUAUUUUCUCCUAUUUGUGACUUAUUCAGAGGUUUCUCCGUAUUUUUUAUGCAUACCAACAUUUUA